AUGUUUGGAGGUGUACUAGAGAAAAUUCGCCUCUUUGAGGCAGACAUUGAGCACCAUAUUGACAACAUUGUGCAGCAGAAACUUCUCACAGAUAUCACUAAUAAACGUCACCAGAUCCUUCGAGACCAUUUCAUCAUGCAGCAGGCUGAAGCCAUUGGCCCUAUUGCGGAUAAAUUACUCGAUCUCUAUCUAGAUCAGGAUGAGAUUGUGGAGGCUCAAGAGGCCCCAUCCGAAGGGGAUGAUGUUUUGAAUGCCGCGAUGAAGGAGUUUGAGGCGCAGAUUGCGGAUAUUCGUGAGUAUCACCGCACAUUCCGUGAUCUUCCACCGGUGAAGAGUGAAAUUGAUCAUCCAGAUCCUUCCAUGUUAGAAGGACUUUUCUCUGUAUGUGAACGCUAUGGUAGUUGUCUUGAUUUGGAAUCACAUUACCAUCAUUACAGUGAUUUUAUGUUGGUUACAAGUAAACGAGCAGAAGAGACGAAUGAUCCUUUGGGAAAUGGAUGGAAAGGACGUGUAGAAUAUUUUUCUUUUAUUCCUACUAUACCAAAUAUUAUUUUAAAUGAAAUUGAUCCAUUUCGGAAGGUAUAUGGAUUUACAUUAUACAGAAAAUUUGUGGAAGGUUUACUGACGUACUUGAUUGACUUUUAUGGACGUGUAAAGGUAAUGGAAAAGGAUGUCUUACUCUCAUCUCUUGAAAAGUGUGAAAACGAUUCAGAGGAAUAUUGGUCAAAGUUACUAGAACAUAAAAAGGCGGUAGUUGGAAAUAAUAAUAGCAAUAGUGGAGGAAAUGGUAUAACUUUAACUGAAAAGUCUACAACAUCUACUUUAAUAACGCCUGCACCAUUACGUAAAUAUACUAAAGCGUUUGCACUUUGGCCAAUUACUUACGUGGAAUCUAUGACGGUUAAAGAUGAUGGUGAAAUACCUCCAUCAUUGACUGAUGUAAAGGCGGUAAUUCAGGCGGAAGGAAAAAUUGUUAUGUUACUACAGACACUCCUUUUUGAAACAUUACAGGAGACUGAAAAAGUACUCUUACGUGAUUACAGUAAAACAGCAGAAGAGAUAGAAUGGGAGCGUAAACACUUACAAGAGGAAUUUAUUCACUCUGUUGAGGAAGCUAGAAAGAAGUGUGGUUCAACUGUAGAGAGUAGUGUAGCUCAGGCCGCUCAGUAUGAUGUAAUGACAACACUAGCAAAGGAUGAAACUACCGGUGAAACUAAAGAUACCACUAAGGCAGAGGAAGACACAACUACACAACUACUGGACCGUGAUGGAAAACCAGUAGCACGUUGGUUGGUACAAUUACAACAAUUACAUAAACGUUACUACUGCGAAGUGUGUGGUGGUACUGUUUAUAUUGGACCAAAAGCAUUUCGUGAACACUUUGGUGCGGAACGACACGCGGAGGGACUACGCCGGCUUGGCGUCACUCAUCACUUGAAGGACUAUGAAGGUAUUUCCAGCAUCCGUAUGGUGAUAGCCAUGCGGGAUAAAGUGCUGGGCGGCAAGACGGGUUUCCGCAAGCGACUGCACGAGGACCAGGAGGGAGAAGAGAUGCAGGACGCACAGGGAAAUGUGAUCACUGCAGGAGCAUACAGACGCUUUCAGAUAUCCCGCAAGGGGAUUUAA